AUGGCGGACGAAGCUGUGGAGAAGACCUGGUCCUCGAAGACCAAGGAGAUUUUCCAGAAGUGGGAUGUGCACAACACUGGGGUGAUUACUCGGAAGCGGCUACAAGGGCUCCUUUCGCAGGUGGCCGGUAAGGCUGUCACCGAGGAGGAGAUCGAGCGGUGUAUCAGCGAGGCUGAUAAGAACAACAACGGCCUCAUAGAGUACAACGAGUUCAUCGAGUGGCUACAGCAGCCUUGUGCGACGGUGCGCAUGGGAUCGCAAGGCCUCGAGUAUUUUAGCCUUGAGGCUGCUGUCCGGCCUCUGUAUGACGUCUAUGACCAGAAUGGGGAUGGCCUGGUCUCAAUGGAGGAAUUUGUACAAUGUCAGACCAUCCUUCAAAACUGCUUGGGCCUCCGGAGUGAGACGGCAGCCCCACUAGAAGACCAGUUCAAGAAGCAGUUGGGGAAGGAAAGCGGCUCAGCGAGCCUCUCCGUCUUCGACAACUCCCCCAAGCGCGCCUUUGGGCAUGUGGACGCAGACAACAGCAAAGGGAUCACUUUCGAGGAGUUUCUAGACUGGCAGCGGAAGCAGCUGGUAGCAGCACGAACCCCAAGCAAGGAGCUGGAGGAGCUGCUCCCUGCCCUGGCGCGGCAACUGAAACGAGUCUUCAAGUUCGAUGAGCAAGGAGAGAAGGAUGGGAGGGAGGAAUGCGAUUCCCGGGUCUUGCAGAAGAUCGUGGACAACCUCGCCAAGAUGUGUAUGGAGAUCUGGUCCAAGAAAGCGGAAGAGGAGACCAAGGCCAAAGACAUCAAAACUUUCAUGGGGAAGGCCCGCCACUACACCAACCGGUGGACGGAGCCUCCGGUGGGAUUGAAUGUCAAGAAGCUCAAGGCAAAGUUCCUGGCGACGGAGUCCUGCACGAGGGUGACAGAGAACAUGGACUUAGACUUGAUGGUCAUCCCGGUUCUUGCAGAAGGAGAUGACGUAAACCCUCGCAGUCGAAUAUGGCUGGCUCAGAUCAUCCAGAAGGUCACGAUGAAGGAUGGCAAGGUUCGGGAGGACGAUCCAGUCUACUACGAAUUCGAGUCUUUGUCCUGGCACAAGACGGAUGAAGCCAUGGAGAAGUUCCACACCGCUUUGGAUGCUCUGCCACCCGAGCUUCGCAUGUUCUCGCUUCUAAAGGCCGAAGCUGACUUCGGUACCAAAAUCACCUGGGAACAGGUCGAGAAGGUCUUGAACAGGUGCCUGGGCCACGGGGUCCUGACUGCCACCCAGAUCUCCGAAUAUACCAGCAGCAUGGAGCUACGCGUGACGAAGGCGUUGAAAGAUGAGGAUCUGCUCUCGGGCAUGUCAGCAGAAGAGUCCAAGAAGAAGAUCCGGGACAGCCUCCUGGCCGUCUCACAGAGGCCUCAAGACAUCAUGGCCAUGCUCAGUGACUUAAAAAUCUUCAAAGUCAGCUCGGUUUGGGCAGAUUUCAUGACAGCCGACUGA